CCCCUAUGAGCCCACCCUGACCCCUGACCCUCCGUGCCCUUCGUGAACCUGGGCUCUCAGGAGACGGAGCUGCAGGAGCAAGGGCCGCGUCUAGACUGGGAGGAUGGAGGCGGAAAGGAGCAGUGCUGGCAAUGCCACCUCUGCAGAGAGAAGACCCCUGGCAAAAUCCAAAACUCCUUCCAGGAUACUUUGGGUCAUCUUGUCUGUAAUCUUGUUUUUCGUCAUUGUCAGCAUCAGUGUGGUGGUAAUUUUCAGCUUUACCCAUAGGACUACCAAGCCUGUUUUGCAGAUUGUGCGGCUAACGUUUCAGAAUCACCAGGGCUCCCAGAUGAAUCAGUCGGCCUUUGUUGACAAGUCCAAGAAUACUGUUACUUAUCAUGUAACUUCGCCAAGUAACCACACAACGGUGGUCUUGUUCGACAGCAAGAAUGGCUAUGUCUGCUAUAAACCCGCAGAUCAAAACGCAUGUUACCUGCGGAAGAUGGACGAUUGGGAUCUUGAGAACGUGCAGAUAUCUUUCAAUCUAUCUGAGCACAGGGUUAAUCAGCUGCUGCUUCAGAAUAAUGAAACUAAGUACUACAGAGAGUUCCUGGGGAUUCUGCCGGGGAGACAAGCAAAUGCCGGAAGCUUGGGGGAAGCCAUCCAAACCCUGUGCGAGCAGACUUCCAUCUACUGGGUCAGGAAAGGGGAUGGUAAGUUAGAGGAACUACCCUUCAAAGGAGGGGAGCAGUCAUUGCUUCUGAGGAUCAUGGAAUCAGCUGGGAACCUGGGGAAAUUAUGGGCAAAGUGGGAUUCAGAUGUGUCAUAUGUGGAGAUAAGAGAGACUGUGAGUGACAUGAGUGCAGGUUAUCACUGCUGCUGGCUUGACAGCCCUGGUGCGUGAAAUGGUCUCUGCCUCCCCAGACAGACAUGGGGCUGUGCUAGUGCAAACCUCCCCAUCCUAGUGUGAUAACGAGCAUUAACUCUGCUGAGCUCAAUCUCCAGGACUAUUUGAUAUUGGCCACUUUGCUCAGACUUUUAACAAGGGGGCCAGCUGUGAUGGCUUCUGUAACAUGGACAAGGCGCUGUCCUAAGAUCCAACUACUCAUACCGCACUAGUCACUGCACGGUUGUUAGAUGCUAACGACUUCCAGCCACAUCAAGCUGGCUUGGUAUUAAACUAGUGAGGAACGGCUGCAUCUCAUUUCCCCUGGCUUGAGCCACUCCGCAUGCCCCAGGUGGAGGAGUGGAAUAAAAACAAAUAAUGACCAUCCCAGCGAGCCACUGCACCACCUCACUGGCUUUGGCAGUUUAAUAUUCACCAUCUCUUCUCCCCCCUCCAAAGUGAUCCAUAGAAGAGCUUGUUCUGUUUUAAUUGAGCUCUUUGAGGACAGAGAGCUAGGAAGACCUUUACCAGAGGUUUCCCAUGUUUCAUUCUCCAGAGGGGCAGCAUUCCUACACAGGAAGGAUUUGCGAGAGGCCAAGCUCUUCUUCCUGUUCAUUUUAUUUAUUUAUUUGCAGGCCCUGGGAAGAAGCGGCUCAUUUACCUAUGUAUUGACAUCUGUUUUCCAAGCAAUGUUUGCUUGUCUGUCUGCUUCUAUUACCUUCCUGAUUAAUCCCUGCUCCAAGGGGACCGACUCCCCCCGCCACUUCUCUUCAUACUUGAAUUUAAAUCCUGAAAAGCCUCUGAUUU